UCUACAGAUCACACUCAUGCAAGAGUCAUGGCUGUCUUUAAUUACACCAUGCAUGUAUUCACUUCGUUGAAACAGUUUGUUCUACUCUGGUGAAGAAACAAAAGCCAACUUUGGUUUGAUUGGCCUGUAUCUGUUUUCCUUCCCCAUUCUGUGUAAAUGUGAAGACGUAGAGAUCUGUGAGUAUGUCCUGGGAUCAGUUUCCGCCUUCGUCCUUCUCUCUCUUUCUCAGCCUGGGGGUGAAAACAGAUGGAAUUAAUGCUAGUACUGGAAUAAGAUAGGGCAUAGUUGACACAGUAAACCUGUUUGGGUUGCACUUGAGUGACAUAUUGUGCUGUAAAUCUUGUUUGCAGGUAUCAUUUAAACACAUGCAGACUCUUCUCCCAGUGUUUUACUCCAAUCCACUUGUUAUUUGCAUAGAGUCACUUUACUCUGAACUUGUGUGUAUCUCUGUAGUAGCAUCAGAGUACAAGCAAUCUGCAUUUUUUUGGUCAGGAUCAGUUUCCAACCCCUCUCAAGUGGAUUGCCACUAAGGCGUCAUAUCCUCUUUCUCUUCCUUAACCUUUUCUUUUUCCCUUUCUGCAUCUUCUAUACUCUUAUUUGUCCACCACUUUUAGACCAUAAAAUAAACAAAACCUACUGCAUGUGUUCAGGGGUAUUGUAGAGUGAACUGAUUGGUGUAGUAUAGACAGAGCAUCUUAAUCUGCACACCACAUUUGCUUCUAAAAACUGUGUACGGCCACAUUGUUCAGUUGUUGUCAUGUGUCCAUACCUUGUACUGACCAUGGAUCCAGUGACUCCUGUUAAGGUGUCAUCUCCUGUAAAGAUCUCCUCUCCUGAAGAGACCAGAGAGAUGCCUGGGUGUACUAAUCUCAGAAACGGCCUGAUCGUUACCAAACUCCUUAUUAACUAUUCAUGGAGGACACAAGUGCCAAAUGGCUGUGUGUCCACUAGUCCAUCUUAUCUUUGGGAGGAGGACAGUAGGUGUCAAUGUUGGGAGAAGUAGAGACCAAGACAUAGAGGAAUGGAUACUUGUUGGUUUCUCAGGUAGAAACUGCAGCAGCACGAUGGAUUGUCUGUGAGCAGCAACAGAGGAGCAGAAGAUAAACUGGACUUUGGAAUAAUUAAAGCAUUUGUGGAGCUACAUUGAUGGUUUAAACUAUCAAGAGAGAAGUAAACAGAUGAGACAAUGACUGAGGAAUAGAUAGACUUUUUUUUUAUUCAACAUGGACCCUCCAAGCCUCCCCGUGGCCAGGUUAGAUGUGGAUGUGGACCUCGGUUUUGCCCUCUUCUUCUUCUUCCUGCUCUGCUUCUUCUUGUUGGUGACCAUAGUCCGCUGCGCUCAGAUGGUGCUGGACCCUUACAGUUCUAUCUCUGUUACUACAUACCAGGAGGAGCAAACAGAGGAAUGACGGACCCACACAUUGUACAGUAAAGGCAUCUCAUCCUCCCAAAGGAGCGAUGCUACCUAGUCAGAUUCCUCAAAUGGGAUAACAAAAAAGAGUUGCCAAAAAAUAUUUUGAGGCUUCUCGUCUGACUGAGUCAGUCUGGUGGAGUUGUCUGACACUAUUUCAACUUUUAUGUAGUUUCUAUCUAACUCUAUAAAACAAAAAAAGCUGUCUACCAGCAGCAUCCAGCAACUUCAAAUGAUGUAAGUAUGCAAUGUAAAUCAUAUAAUAUACUUAAAUGUUUAGUGUUGUAAAUGCUUAUGAAUAAUACAAGCUAUGUAUGGUUAAAAAUAUGACUAGACA